AUGCCGACUGGUCCUUCCCGUUUUGCUGUGCUGAAAAUUGAAGAUGACUCCGAUGAGGAGUUCAAGACUCCAGCUCAGAACAAGCCGAAGAACAAUCCAAAGUCAACAAGAACCAUUCUUCCGGAUGGCCUCAUCGUCCACAAACAAGAGAAAAAGCGCAAGGGAAAAAAGAAGCCGCAGAUCGUUGAGGCGGAAACAGUGCUAUUUGGUUCCGCCGUGGCCAAUGAAGAGUCUACGGAUGAUGAGGAGUUGAAAGAAGCGCUGAAGCGUAGUCUUGCUGCUGAAGACGUGGCCGGUGUCCGAGCUGCCGUUUCUGGUCCAUCGAUCCCAGACCCAAAGCCGGUUGAUCCAAGGCUGGAGGGUCUGCUCACGUCUAUGAUGGAAAAAGAAUUGGUCAAGCUCAAACAAGAGCUCCAUGAGGAGAGGGAGAAAAAACAUUUGUGUGACGAGGAGCGAACCAAAUACAAGCUGCGCUACAACAAGUUGCUGGAAUUGCUGCAAGAGGCCGAGUUGAAAGAGCACGUGCUACUGGUCCAGGAUUUGAAAAAGAAGAACGCCACGAUUCGCGAUCUCAGCCAUCAGUUGGAUCGUCAACAGCAAGAGAUCGAGAAGCUUCGUAGUAUGCUGCCGAAGAAA